AUGGCAAUGCGGUGUGCGUUCCUGCUGCCCGCCGUCGUGUUACUUGGCACCUUCGACGUUGGCUCCUCCGCACUCGUGUCGUCCGAACAAGGCGGUAUGAUGAAGAUGACAGCCCGAAACGUGAAAAUGACGAAUCGUUUCCUACGCUAUCAAGCUGGUACGAAUGGGGCCGAGUCGUCAGCCCUAACCAAGCUCGUACAACGUGCUGCUCAUUUGGCGGCUGGCACUCUGAAGGUUGACGUGCACCCGAUGUCCGCGUUCAAGUUGCUGGGUCUUAACAUGGCAGGGGUGAAACUUGACGGCAACCCGAGUUGGUUGCAAUGGCUCAAACUUACGAACGCGUACAUGGAGAAGAAUCCCAAGUCGGGCUUUAAAGUGCAUAGCACAUACGCUUUCCUAUACCGGCAAACUUCGGAAGCAGAGCUGCCAGUACUGCUUCAAAACCUAAAAGAGGCUUCGGGUGUGGGAAAACUGGUUAGCGAGCUGCGGCGGUUUCAGUUUGGUGUUUGGGAGGGGAAAGAGUUCAAGCCCAACCAGGUAGCAAAAAGCGUGUUCAAGAUUGACGAUGUCAGCAAACUCUCCAAGGAUGACCCAAGAGUCCGCGCUAUUGAAGACUAUGCCAAGUAUCUCGUGCGAGAGGAGGAGCUCAAAAAGCUCAUCAACUACGUUGAGCGGCCACAGGUCUGGUACUACUGCUGUAGUCUAUCACGAAUAAAACUACGUCGGACAAUGCUAAUCAAAACGCAGCGUUCGCGAGUCUUGUACUUACAUCUGAUAGGAUAG